UUUCUGGAGUGUUACAAGUACAUUAUUGGGACAUAAACAGAAAGAAGGAUCAUAUCUGUUCACGAACUAAUUUGGCGAGAAUUCGUAGCGUCUAUAUUGUAUAUUUAAAUAAGAAACGUUAAAUACUCACGAAAGGUGCAAGCAUAGUAUAAUUUAACCAGUAAAAAGUCGUGGUAAACAAAGAGCGUAAAGAAGUCUUAACAACGUGCACCAAACGUCUAUAUUAUUGCACCAAUCUUUAAGUAAACACAGGGAGUAGUGUUUGCACAGAGCAACUUUCCCAAUCAUUUCCAAAAUCAAAAUAUUUUCUAUAUUUUACAAUGUAUCUUUCCGACCAUGAUAUAUUUAAUCACAAAGCCACACGGCAGUAAACAAAGCAGAGGUUGUAGUAUAAAUUCAAUAGAAAGCAUCUGUCUCAUUUGCAUAACAUGUAACCGGUGUCAAUAUCCAAACAACACUCAAAUUAUUUAAAGUUGGAAAUUACGUAACCCAUGUAUUAAAACACUUGUCAUUACUUGUAAUUACAGUAUCUGCUGCAUGGCUUCAGUGUUUUAUCAUAGAUUUCAAAAUUGGCUAUUUUACUAUUUUAGUUCAGAAAAUGAAGUACUUUGAUAAAAAUAAUUUCCUCUUUGCAGUACAUAUUACCAUAAAUAUACAGUACCAAGACUACUUCAAGUGUGUCUUGCUAUCAUUCUGUAUUCCUAGCUUCACCGACCAAAAUUAAAGGUAAAACAUUAGUUAUUGUAUUACGUAUGCCUUCCCCUAACUGCUUUUAAUUGCUUUAAGUAUUAAGAACAUAUUUGAAGUAUUAUGACCUUUUAAAUUGUAUAAUUCAUACAAAUAUAUAUUAAUCUUACAUUAAUUGGAACAGUUAUUUAGAGUGUAAUAUUUUGGAAAGCUGGACAUGUAUUUAAAUAAAAAAAUGUAUACAGUAAUAUAUACAUGUACAUGUUUUUAAAAAUUAGAAUCCCAUUUUAUUAGUGCAGUUAGACAAUCCAUAGUGUCAGUACAAAAUAAUCACACUCCUAGGGACAAAUAAAGUUAUCUUAUACAUAAUAGCGAGCUAUGGUCACAUUUUGACUAUUGUGUUGACUCUUUGGGUGCUUACUUCUCAUCCUUUUUUCUUUGUUUCAAAACAAUUGAUAACUGAGGGGUAGGAGCCCCAGUCCAAACACAAGGAGAAGUAAUUAUACUUGUCGCUAAAGCAACAGAUAGAGAUAGAGCCAUACAGUUCAGUAAUGGAUCUGACACCAAAUGUGGUGAGACUCCACAAAGCACUACAGAACAGCAAAGCAGAAACCCACUAUGUCAGAAGCCAGCUUGCCUCUCUUAAAAGGCUAGUGAGAAAGGCUUGGUGGGGAGAUGGUGUUGCUGCUGCACAUGUUGGUAGAAUAAUAGGUAAUUGUGCGGCACCAACUAAUGUGACAGUUGAAGAAGAUGAAAGCAAGAGAAAAUAUUUGUGUGUACUAAUACAGGAGCCCAAAGUGCUACAUAAUUGGGCAUCCCUGACAACACAGGCAUUGAGAAAGGAAGAUUCAAAGGUGCAAGACCUGGUUCAACACCUGUCAACACUGAAGCUAGAGGAAAGGAAGGUCUGCCGGAAUGAACACCCACUUUCUGUUACUGAGCUUUCAGCAAGAACUGCUGAUGUGAUGGUGAAGAAAAAUAGGUUAUCUGAUUCUUUCCGUCAUUCUUUUUCUGCACCUUCCAGACAUGGACCCUACGCUUUAAAUCUGAGAAAAGAUAGCUCUAGGGUUCAUGCCCGUACUCCACACAAGAACUGUGUUAGGUGGAAAUCCCAGAUGUUAUCAGAUGUUCCCAAAACAACUGAAGUUAGAAAACAGAGGAGCACAUACAAGACAGAUGUCAUGGCACCCAAAAUAAAUGGUUCUAACCAUGCAGUUUAUUUGCAGAGAAAACAGAAUCAUCCAGUUGUUAAAUCUAAAAGCUCAGCUUUACAUGAAAUACAUGGAAAGCGGCAGAAAGACUUUUCAAUGCAAAUGAAUGACAAGUCUUCAAACACUGUUUUGCAUACAAGAGAAAAGAGAAAAAGCACUUCUCUGAAGGUAAAGAAGACAAACAUAGAUUUCCAAGUGGAAGAAGGUGUGAACAAAAAAAAUAAGACCAACCUCAAAGCUGACAAAUAUUUUGAGCUGAAAGAAAAUGCAAAGGAAAUAUAUGAAUCAGAAGAUGACGAGCAUUACAGAAAAGUAAGAUUUUUGCAUAGGAUGCCUAGUACACCUGACAACUGAUACUUAUAAGAAGAAAAGGAGUCUAAUUGUCUUAUUGAUAAUUGAAUUUCUGGCUAUACAAAACUGAAGUUUGUAAUUAUAAAUGUGAAACCAUA